GCUGAGCUGAGCUGCAUCCAGUCUCUCAGAACUGCCUCUUGGGGAUUCAUGGGGCCGCAUGGGCACCAGUCCUUCCUGCUGCUCCUGGCCCUCUGUGCCACAGGGGCCUUCGUCAGCGCCACAGUGCUGUCCGGCCUGCCCACCACAGUGAGCGUGAUGGAGAGUGCAGGACCGGGUACGAUCAUCGUGGAGUUCAACUUGACCUGCCAGAAUGAGAGCAGCGUCCCCACCCCUGCCCCUACCCUGCAGAGCACCCCACCGACCUCCUUCUUUAACCAACCCACCGUCACCCACCACACGAGCCCAACUGUCCACUACAGCGUGCAGAUCACGCUGAGCCCCAGUGCGGCGCUGGAUGCUUGGCAGGUCAAUCAGUACACACUGACCCUGGAGGCCACCUGCCCAGGGGAGAUGCCUGCCAACGGCCAGCUCUUCGUCCAGAUCCACACAGUGGAUGGCCCCCCCCAGUGCAUGGCCAGGUUUGCUAGCCAAGUGGGGGAGCUGGUGCAAGUCCCAGAGGAUGUGGCACCCCUGACGCCCAUCUACACCGUGGUCCUGCGGCGGCCGGCUAGCGGGCUGAGUUUCACCAUAGAAGACAAUGACACGCCCCUCACCAUCGACCACACCGGGCAGGUGCUGGCACCAGGAUCGGGCUUCAUCCCAGCCCAUGCUGGCCAGGCGUUCAGGCUGCAGAUCCUGGUGACUGACAGGAGCAGGAGAAACUGCAGUGGGGCCGUGACAGUGAGGGUGCUGCCCAUCCACCACCCCCACAUCAACUUCACGGUGGAGUGGCGCCACGUGGCCGUGCUGGAGAAGAGAGGUGCCAUGCAGCUUAUCACGCAGGUCCAGGCCCAGGGGGACAACGUGCGCUAUGAGAUCAUCGCCCCGGCCGCCCACAGGCUCUACACCAUCGAUGCAGUGACUGGCGAGCUCCGCAACACCUACCAACUGGACCUGCAGCGCUCCCCAGAGGUGGCACACACCCAACUGCUGGUGCGGGCCUACAACAUGCUGCACCCCAGUGACAGCGACACCAUGGGCCUCAACAUCACUGUGCUGUCCACCAACACACUGGCACCCCGCUGCUCGCCCGCCGUCUUCCUGGCUCAGGUACCUGAGGACACUCCCAUCGGCUGGACUCUCGUGACGCUGACAUGCAUGGACCCAGAUGCCAGGAACAGCUCCCUGCGCUACCAGGUGGAGGGCGACCAGCACUCACGCUACAGCUUCCGCAUGCAGGGGCCACAGCUGCAGGUCAACGACACCCUGGACUACGAUUCAGCUGCCAGUGCCCGCUUCCAGUACGUGGCUACCAUCUUGGUGACAGACAGUGGGCAGCCCCCGCUCAGCACCCGUGUGCCCGUGCUGGUGACGGUGACUCCGAAGAACGAGCACUCACCUGCGUGCCCAGCCAGCACCAUGUUCAGCGUGCCAGAGGAUGCAGCUUUCGGUGACACAGUGGGCCAGGUGAAUGGCACAGACCUAGACUACCCCUUCAACAACAUUGAGUACAGCAUUGCUGGGGGUGCUGGCGCCAACCCGCCCGCCUUCUACAUUGGCCCACGCACCGGUGAAAUUCACGUGCUUGGGCCCCUGGACUACGAGAGCAAGCAGGUCUAUAUCCUGACCGUGCAGCUGCGAGAUGUGGCCAAUGAUGCAGACCCACGGCACCAGCGCAGUGUGCUGUGUGACAUCACCAUACAAGUGCAGGACACCAAUGACCAGCCCCCACGCUGCACGCCCCCCUUCCAGGAGUUCUUCAUCUACUCCACCCGGGACCCCAGCCUGCCCCUUGUGCAGUUGCAGUGCUCCGACGAGGACAAGAGCACAGUGCUGCCCCUGACCUACACCCUUGUGGGAGGUAACACCAAUGGGCGCUUCCGGCUGGCAGGCAACACCCUGCUGCACUUCGCUUUCUCCUACCCACCCGACAGCAUUCGUGAGCCCCACACCUUUGAGCUGCUGGUGGAAGUGACGGACAGCCUCAGUACGCCACACCACAGCACCACAGCCACACUGGUCGUGCACGUGACACCCUGGGCCACUACCACGCCCAGCACCACCACUACACGCACGACCCUGCAGAAGGAGCCGCUAGUUGUCACACGCACCGAGCGGUUCUGGGCACCCUCACCCUGGUUCGUGGCGUUGCUGACCGUCUCCAUGGUGUUGCUGCUGGUGGUGCUGGCAUGGCUGGCCUGGAAACUCCUGGGUAGUUACAGGUCAGGAUUACCUCUUCAACAGCAGCACCGGAGCGCGCCGCUGGGUCUGAGCAGACACCACCCGCCUUGGUCUGAGUGGACACAGCCCCUCCCCCCCACUGCUCCCUCACCCUGCACUGGGUCUGAAUGGGCACAGCCACACCCGGGUCUGAGUGGUCUCAGUCUCCCCCUCCCCGAGUCCUCCCAGCACAGCUUCUGUGGACAGGCCAUGGCUGGGUCCCUAGAAUGGGGCAGGCUGUAACUUUCUGCUCUGUGCGCUAACCAAGGACCAUCUGCGUGACGUCCCAGACACCCAAAAAACCCUCCUGCUUGUACCCUCCUGCUGAGUCACUACAAUGCCGGGGUGCAGUUCUACCUUUGGGGGGUGCAGGUUUCCCUCCGUGCCCAUCGCAGGGGGACUUGCUGUGGGGAGCUCACAGAAGCAGGGGGGAUGGAGGCUCCAAGGAUCAAACCUAGCUGGUGAUGAAGCUGUGUGUCUUACCCUAGGCAGCGAGACACAAAAGUGGCUGGCACACUGAGGGGUCCUGCCAGGACAGCUCCAGAGCCAGGAGGCAGGGUCCCACCCAACAGAAACGAAGUCGUCCUGGGGAAGAGGGGUACCAAGUUAAGCACCGGGUUCAUUGGCCAUUUGGGCUCGGCUAAAGGAGAGCACGGGGUGUAUGGGGCCAGCCAUGCCCCGUGUCAUUCACUGCACCGAGCAGUGAUUGGGAAAGGGGAAGAGCCGUGCGGGUGCCUCCAAGACAAAGGGCCGUAGCUCAGGCCAGAGGCGCUGAGAACGGUGUACAAGGGAGGAAUCUGCUGAGGUGCCAGUUGGAUUUUAGCUUUAAAAUCUAACAAACAGACUUUGCCAACUGGAGAAGGGCCCUGGCUCACAAUGCACAGGAUAGCAGCACCUGGCACGAACCAGUCCCUCUGCACCCCUGAGCAAACCAAUGGCUACCAGCCACCUGCAACUGUCCUGAGCAAACCACCAGCUGCCAGCCCCCCGCAAAAGUGUCCUGAACCAAACACCAGCUACCAACCCCACCUCCCACCACUCCUCCCCCAAUUGUCCUGAGCAAAACACCAGCCACCCCCCCCCGCGACUGCUUUAAGAAAAACACUGGCCACCAAACACCACCCACCCAAUGGUCCUGAGUAAAACACCAGCUGCCACCCCCACCCCAGCCCUCCAACUGUCUUGAGCAAACCACCGGCUACUAACCCCACCAACUGUUCUGAGGAAAACACCAGCCACCAACCCCCCCCCACUCCUGACUGUCCUUAGCAAAACACGGGCUGUCAGCCCGCUCCAAACUGUCCUGAGCAAAACACCAGCCGCUAACCCACCUGUGACAUUGCACUCCAUAAUGUUUAUUGGAAAUAUGCUUAUGAGUGUGACUAUAAUGUAACUGGAAUAUGCUUUAUGCAA